AUGUCUUUACUCAGAAUUUAUUCUUCCUUGUUUAAAAAUAAUUUAACGAAAAUUUCUUCUUUUUCAUCACCGCCAACAACCAUAGCGACAACAAUAGAAAAAAAAGAUAACAUUAGUAACAAUAAUAGGAGGAAUUAUAUGAAAUUACCUUCGAAAUUAUGGGAAUUAGGUAAAUUGAAUCAUGUUGCAAUUGCAGUUCCAAACCUAGAAAAGGCUAUAGAUUUUUAUAAAAAUAUUUUAAGGGCAAAAGAAGUUAGCGAAGCUGUGGAACAACCUGAGCAUGGCGUUUACACAGUAUUUGUGAGUUUAGGAAAUACAAAAAUUGAAUUAUUACAUCCUUAUGGUGAUAAAUCACCAAUUCAAAAUUUUUUAGAAAAAAAUAAAAAUGGUGGAAUUCACCAUGUUUGUAUUGAGGUUAACAAUGUCACAGAAGCAGUUAAAGAAUUGACAGAAAAAGGUGUAAGAGCAUUAGAUCCUGAACCAAAGAUCGAAAAAAAUAAAAAUGGUGGAAUUCACCAUGUUUGUAUUGAGGUUAACAAUGUCACAGAAGCAGUUAAAGAAUUGACAGAAAAAGGUGUAAGAGCAUUAGAUCCUGAACCAAAGAUCGGUGCGCAUGGGAAUCCGGUUAUAUUCCUACACCCAAAAGAUUGUGGUGGUGUUUUAGUUGAAUUGGAAGAAGUUAAAUAA